UUUUGAGUUCUUGGACCUUGUUAUAAAAUGACACUUUUCGAGGAUUGGAUCUGUCCUCGUCUCCUACUCUGUGGGGCCCGUUAGAUUGGUAUUAGCUCAUUCUCUGCGUUCGACGUCGAAAGUAAAAUUCAAGGGGUCAGGGGGGUGGGAGGGGUAGUAGAUUCAGAAGCAUACACAGUCCAUAUAAACAUUAUUUCCCAGCAGCAGUACUUUGUAACUCGCUGAAUGAGUUCCAGUGACGGAAAUGUUUUCGGUUUAGAUAGUACACGCGUAUGUUUUAUCGUUAUACCUUCAAGCUAGUGACGUAAACGAAACGCACAGUUUAGUCGAGGGUACAGGACCCUGGAGGUUCGUAGUUCGUUGGUACGGUGCACCGUCUAAGCUUGCCAGCCACAGAAGUUCGUGUCUGUUAACAUCACAUAAUCUAGGGCAACUGUCAGCUUGUAGCGGCAAUCUCUUUGCGGUCGGCUUACUAAUGCACGACGCUAUCAGCUGAUACGAGAAUGUGUUUGUAGCAAGUGAAGAGGGGCCUUUGUCUGCCGAUUACCGGGUUCGACCACGACUCAGCAAAUCUGCUUCAUGGUCCCUCUGAUGUUUACUGUGAGAAUGGAACUACUUUGAUUUUUAAAGCAAUUUUAAGUACUCCUUCAUGACACAAAUGGAACUAUACUUAUUACGGCCUCACAUCGCGUGCCUGAAGUCUACCACGUGAGAGAACAUACCCCACAACAAUGACACGUGUGAGUCUGUGUCACACACAGCCUCUCUCCGGUUGCCUGGCAACCGCCGGCUGCAGUUUCGAUCGGUCCAGACAACGCGCUACGGCCCCGCGCAGUGGAACCCAAGCCAGCGGGUGAGAGAGGAGGCACAGGUCGUGUGGAUCGUCUGAGAUUCAGUUCCAUGGACCUUCCGAUUGCUCUGUUCCUGAUUACGGUUUCCAGUGAACAUCUAUUGCUUCUGUAUUGCUAGUUCAAGCAGAACUGUGUAGGACACGGCCCAUGAGGAUGUGGCGAGGACGGUGGGCGUCACGUCGGAACCCAAUGCGACGCUGCUGACGUCAUCAUGAGGAGGUGUCUAGAGAGCGGAAGAUGAGGAACCUUCUGCCUCUCAUGUGGUUCCUGCUCAUAUCAGGUUGCACUGGCAACCCCGACGCCAAGCGUCUCUACGACGACCUGCUCAGUAAUUACAACAAACUGGUUCGCCCGGUUAUCAACGUGAGCGACGCCCUCACUGUCGAGAUCAAGCUCAAACUGUCUCAGCUCAUCGACGUGAACCUCAAGAAUCAGAUCAUGACUACCAACCUAUGGGUGGAACAGUCGUGGAACGAUUACAAACUACAAUGGGACCCUAAGGAGUACGGUGGAGUGGAGAUGCUCCAUGUACCCUCGGACCACAUCUGGAGGCCGGACAUCGUGCUCUACAAUAAUGCUGAUGGUAAUUUUGAAGUAACCCUGGCAACGAAGGCGACACUUAACCACACUGGUCGCGUGGAAUGGAAGCCGCCUGCCAUCUAUAAGUCCUCGUGUGAGAUAGACGUCGAGUAUUUCCCUUUCGACGAGCAGACAUGUGUCAUGAAGUUUGGGUCUUGGACCUAUGAUGGCUUUCAGGUGGAUUUACGCCACAUCGAUGAGGUUAGGGACUCUAACAUCGUGGAGAUAGGUGUGGAUCUAUCUGAGUUCUACACAUCUGUAGAAUGGGACAUACUGGAAGUGCCAGCAGUGAGAAAUGAGAAAUUCUACACGUGCUGCGAUGAACCGUAUCUGGACAUCACAUUCAAUAUCACGAUGCGCCGAAAGACCAUCUCCUUCCUUACAGUGCUGGUCUUCUAUUUACCAUCUGACAGUGGUGAGAAGGUGAGCUUGUCAAUCUCCAUCUUGCUGUCACUGACUGUGUUCUUCCUGCUGCUCGCAGAAAUCAUCCCCCCAACCUCACUGGUUGUGCCUCUACUUGGAAAAUUUGUGCUCUUCACCAUGAUCCUUGACACUUUCAGUAUCUGCGUGACAGUUGUGGUGCUCAAUGUUCACUUCCGUUCGCCACAAACACAUACCAUGGCCCCGUGGGUUCGCCGUGUGUUCAUUCAUAUACUUCCUCGUCUUCUUGUAAUGCGUCGACCACAGUACCAAAUAGAGAAACGCAGUUUUGCGGGCUCUUCAGCCCGAAUAAUGGUUCGCACGUGCAAUGGGCUUGAACUGCGAGAUCCAACUCUUUUGGCCGAGUCGUCCGCUUCUGAACUUGUGGAUUCCACUCACACCACAGAACUUUUUCCCACAUUGGACUCACAUGAUGAGCUCACUCCCAGGGAGCUAGAAGCAACAGGUCUGGGGUCAGGAUGUCAAAUCCAUGGCGUGCCCUCUCUACCUCCACUGUGUCAGGAGGAUGGGUUCCUGGCACCAGGCCUAUCUGAAGAAACUGCCAGUCCAUUAUGCAGACACUUGCACCACUGGCAUAACUGCCCAGAGCUCCAUAAAGCUAUUGAUGGGGUCAAGUUCAUCGCUGACCACACAAAGAGGGAGGAAGAUUCUACCAGGGUAAAAGAGGAUUGGAAGUAUGUAGCAAUGGUGUUGGAUCGACUAUUCCUAUGGAUCUUCACGCUGGCCGUCCUGGUGGGAACAGCUGGUAUCAUCCUACAGGCACCGACGCUUUACGAUGAUCGUAUUCCCAUCGACGUUCGCCUGUCUGAGAUUGCUUCCACAACGGUCAAACCCCUUAAAAACACCACACUGUGAGCCAUGACCCUGAUGUAGAUCCUAAUAAGUUGCAAGCACUGGUGUUGCUAAAUCAAAAUACUGGACACAUUCCCAUCUUUGCCAUUUUAAAGCUUUUUUAAUGAGGGUCGGAGUUUGUUUGUUUCUGUUCCAAAAUGGCUGCCAUGGGCCAUAGGGAUGCACAGGAAGACGCUAGGCAGUAAACCUGCGUGGAUCACAUAGCAGCUUCGUUGCUGCUUUGUCUUCAUCAUCUGAUGCAUGAACAAACUGACAUUCACAGAUGAUAAUAAUAACUUCCUUUUUAAGUAACUUUUUUCCUAUGGCAAGUAUAUUUCUAUCUUUUUUCUUUCUUCCUUCCUUUGUUGUAUCUUUUUCUACAUCUUUAUUUCUCUCUUCCUCUGUCUGCUGCAUUCUUUUAUUUCUUUAAUUGUAAUUUGGUGGAUUAUCCCAAGAAUUAUGAUUUUCAUUAAAACUUGUAAUAUAUUUUAACAUGAGGAGGAAAGAAGACAAUUUCAGAACAUAAGCAAUAAUUUUGAGUAUUUGCAUUCUUCACAACCUUUUAAAAAUGAUGUGCCUAAUGCUAAUUUAGGAAAUACAACAAAAAAACUGAAAUCUCUCAUAUUUAUGUUUGGCAUAAGAGACUGAAGAUACAUAUUUUAUGCUAGUAUCAAUGAUUCCAGUGUAAUGAAUUUAAAUGGGGCAGGUCCCUGACUGUGCCUGUUAAAACUAGCACAGUUUGGAACUGGUUGUAGCAAAGUGGUGUAAGGAAUGAAAUUUUAAAAGGCUUUUAGUAGGAAGAAUCAGAGGUAAGGGCAUAAAGAAUUUCACUAAAUUACUUCUGAAUGAGGAAGGAGUAAAGGUCACUUGGUAGUAUGUUAUGUAUAAUUUAUUGUGGAUCAAGAGUUGAGUCUUAUUGAAGUAAUGCAACAAACUCGUUUCUUAUAUCCAAUUUCAUGAACUUUGCGUCCUGGUUGCAGAAGUCAAAUAAUAUUUGAAAAUCGCUCUCAGUGCCAGCAUAAUUGUUAUAAAUAAUUUAUUACUUUUAAUUAUUUACCAAGAUUAUCCUGAAAUGGAUUAUUUCAAUUAUUUUGUGUAAUUUAUAGAGUUCUGAGCUGGCACGUGUGCCUUGUAUCAAGCCUGACUAACGUGUCCAAUCUUUGUCAUUCAACUGAUUUUUAAUCAUACAGUUUGAAUUUGACAAAAACACCAGAAAGUUAUUAACAGUUGAGUUUCCCCAAAUUUGAUACAUAUUUUCACAAGCACACCAGAAUGUGCACAUGCAUGCAUGGGUAUGUGAGCACGUGCAUGUGGGCAUGGGGUGUGUGUGUGUGUGUGUGUAUACUAAACUUCAUGCCUGGGUUCAGUCCCGGGUGACUUCAAGUGAGAUUUAUGUUGGAUGAAGUGACAGAGGAGCAGGUUUUUCUUUUGAGUUUUUAAUUUUUUUCCCAGCUAAUCAUUCCACCAUUUCUUCAUAUUCAUUUAUCACUGCCGCACAGGGUGUGCAGUAGCCCUGACCAAGAAGCAGUUUAUCAUACCCUGGUUCUAAGUUAGGGGCCUCGUCUUUGACCCAGCAAUUGGUUAGUCUCAGAGUGAAGGUAGUUUAGCUUAAAUGUAUGUCGGUACCUUUUUUUAACUGACAGACUGCUGCUGUUGAUUUGGCACCUUAAUUUAAGAUCCAUAGUUUUAGACAUCAAUUAGUGUUAUACUAUGUACAUUUUACCACAGUUACUAUAAUUACUAUUUUAAAACUUAAUUUAUUUCACUUUGUUUUGUACGAAUUAUUAUUGUGAAAUGUCAUUUUGAAAGGUUUUGGUAUAUAGGAAUCAUAGUUAGAUUUGGCAUAGACACCGUUACAAGUAAUGAUUGGUUUAAAAAGAAAUCAUAAUUCAAUGUGUUUGUUCUGUUUAGCGAGGUGAUAGUCAUAUCAGUUAUAAGGACCAUUAUUACCUGUUUGCAUACUAAAAGGCAACACAUGUGCCGGAGCUGCCAUUUUCCAGAAAAUGGAUGAAAUAAACUUAAAUUUAGGAAUUGGCAUUUCCCCCGUACUAGAUAUGAAGUUUGUGCUGUUGCGACUGGAUCACUAGAGCCUAUUUGUAGCAAUAGAGUGCACCGUGAUAUUUGGGAAGUAGUUUUAAGAGAUGCAAGUUAUCCUUAUAUAGUUAUAUAAUUAUGUGCACUUGUGGUCAUGACGUGUGAGUACAUAGGAAAUAUUAGCAAUUUAAAACACUCUGCAUUUGAUUUCAUGUGAAAUGAGUAUAAAAUGAAAUGACCACUUAACACACAGAUUCUAUUUGCAGCUAUUGCAAUUCAUGUUCAUGUUGGUCUUGUAGGUUGUAACAAUUUGUGGGCUUAUAGAUAGGUAUCUGCGUACGAGUCCACAUGGCGUUACAACCCAGUAGACCAACGUCAACAUCUUCACUCUGAGAACCUCAAAUCUGACACAGUGUAAUUCAUGGCUGUAAGAGUUUGCUGUCUCAUAAAGCCUGCAUUUAAUUUGUUUUUGGCCUAAGGUGACCCAUGCAGUUUGACCGCCUGUGCUAUUCAUAAUUUUAAUAUCCUCCAAAUGAAACAAACAAACACAAGAUAGACACAGGGGAGCAAAAUGUGGUUUUUUUUUGUAAUGAGCCAAUCAAAUUUUGGCCACUUAAGAAAGUGGUCUAUCAUGAUGAUAGGUCAUAUUGGCACAGAACUGUUUGUUUUUAAUAUAUCUCUUAUGGCUGUAGAGUUCAGAGGGUCCACAAACAGAGGCCUGUGUUGUUGACGUGUGAGUGAUUUUUGAAAAAAAAAUUACCUGGGGGUGUAUUGCUUUCAUUACAGGAA